AUGGCCGUCCUCAAGAACCUAGCUCUGCUCGGCAUCGCCGCAUCCUCAUCUAUGGCCCUGCCUGCGCCAUAUGCAGGUGGCCCAGAUGCAGGCCCCAACGUCAUGGCAAGACAGGACGCGGAUGCUAAGUGGAUUACAGAGUUGGCCAGUGCCGCCGGCUUCCCAGUCACUUUGGUUCCUCUCCCUCGGAAACGCGACACGCAGAGCGAGGACCGACCUCUGACAGAGGCCGAGCUCCAGUGGUUGGUCAAUGGGCCCCCAGUCUAUACCCCCGAGAGUGAGAAGCGAGAGGCUGUGCCUCCGCCAGACUUGGAUGAGGAUGUGUUCACCAUUCUCCCUUAUCCUCUCCCAAAGUCAGUCACUCAGGACGGCAAGCGACGGGCCGCGGAUCCUCAGCAGGACAAUGUUUUCACCAUUCUGCCAUACCCGCUGCCGCAGGACGUUGGUGAGAACAUGAAGCGCCAAGAUUCUGGAGAGGAUGUCUUCACCAUUCUGCCAUAUCCGCUGCUCAAGGGCGACGCAGAGAACAGCAAGCGCCAAGAUCUUGGAGAGGACGUCUUCACCAUUCUCCCGUACCCGCUGCCCGAUGGCAUGGCAUACAAGAGCAAGCGCCAAGAGCCUGGAGAGGAUGUCUUUACCAUUUUGCCAUACCCGCUGCCCAACGGCGUCGCGGAGAGCAACAAGCGCCAAGAAGAGAACGUCUUCACGAUCCUCCCGUACCCGCUUCCUGAGAGUGCGGAAGCCAACAGGGAGGAAUAG